AUGUCCGCUGCGACGCCUCAUUCAGGUGAACACUAUGUUUUUCGUCGACGUGACUUUGAGGAGCACCACAGAAGAUGGCACACUCCUCAACCUGCCCACGAUGCGAGACAACCCAGACUCGUCCAACAUACACACCGGGUAAAUCGAAAGUGCCCUAACAUGCUAGCUGUAGCUUUUUUUAAGGCUUUUCGUUAAUCUUCACGCCCUGGCAGCCGUGGCUCUGUCGUGUCGGAGCUAACGAUAAGCCCGGAGAGCUGCUGUGAUUGUAAGAGAUCAUGUCAGUUUAAUACGACGUCAGUUGGAACAGUUUCAGUCAGAGUUUGUCCGGUGUAACCAAAGCUCGGGCAAAACCCCAUUCAAAAACCUAACACUUUCAUAUUCAGCUAUAAAAGUCGAAAACAUAUGUAACUGCAAGUACGUGCUUUAUUUAUGGCUCUUAUAAACAAGACCGACGCCAUUAAAUCGGCAUAUGUAACGUGAUUUAAAUCAUCUGACACCUUUAGAAUGAAGUAAAUAUGUGUCCGCACUCAAGUGUAGGUGGUUUUUGUAGUAGUAAUAACAGGUCUAAUUCAGUGUGAUUGAAAUAGCACUGUUUUGGGGCAAUGAAGUGAGUUUUCAGUGUUUUUCAGUAAACUUUUGUGUCUUUUUUUAGGGUUUUGCGUUUCUUGACUUAAUUUCCUACUUAAAGUGGGACAAAGUUUAAAGAAAGCCCCAUCCCUAAACAAACACUACAGCUUUACACAAGAUUAUGGUUACUCAGCCUAACAAGUAAAACAAGUUACAGCACAUUUUUCCCUUUGAAAAGAUGUAUCUUAGUGACACAACACUGAUGCUCUUUGUAAUCCACUGUGACAAUAAGUCUAAGUGGAACUAAAGCCAUAAAGAUAUAAAUGUUAUGUUUUAAGAGGCUGUUGUACAUAGGUAAUGCUUUGAAAGGUUAAAGCGUUUAAGCUUGGGAAGUUCUGCGGAUAUUAGGGAAGUGGUGAUAUUAACUAUGAAGUACUAGACAUGAUAAUUUUUGAUCAAGUGUGUCACGCCCUCAGCUUUUUUCUAAAUCUUCUUGUGAACAAGAAGAUUCAAAAUCCAAUGACAUGAAGCACUUUCAUUUGCUUCUCUCUGAAGUGUUUCACAAUACUGUGAAAUAAAAAGGGCACAUUUCACAAUUGCAUGAUGACAAAACAAUUUCUAAACCUAAAUAUCAGAAUUCAAAUGGAACUCGCUGCAAAAGGACCAAACAGGGUGUUUUUCAUCAGCUUGUGAUGGACCAUGGUAGAGGCUGGCUGGAAAUAGUAAAAGAAAGGUGGCAGAAAAGUCCCUGAGGGCUGGACCUUGCUCCUCGCCUGCUGGAUUCCUUUAUAAAUCUGGGUGUAGUCAUUGGUAUACUGCUUUUCAGUUGUAGAUUUGUUUUUCUGUGUGAUGUAGAUUUCUCAGCAGGUCUGUUUCAGGUUUCUUCUCGGGUUUGAUUUGUUCUGCAGGUGUGUGGGCCCACAUUGGAAACAUGAUAGGGUGUGUCUACUAGCCCCUUCCUUUCAGUAAGAAGGCAAACCACAAUACAGCACAUGGGAUUAGGAAGGACGUGGCCUGGGAUCAGGGAAAUAAAACAAUUAACUGUGCCAGCGGUGAAUACUAAUAACAAUUUACAUUGUCUCCAGAUUAAGUUAAAGUAUAACUCCACCUCAAAGUCUUUACCUUAUUACAUCCUCUGCACACGUUAACAAAAUCAGGAUGGGCACAAAGGUGGGAGUGUGAUGAAAUGAAGCUACCAAACCCAGUUACCAAACAUAAAGACAUUAUGACAUGAAAAGAUUGCAGUUCCCACACCAGGUCCAUGAAACUAUAAGACGUGUUAUAGACUGAAACAUAAUCCUUCAGGACAAAUGAGCUGAACAAAAAUACACAUUUCUCUCCUCUGACAAGCUUGGAUUGUUAUUUAAAGCGUCUGUCAACAUCUCACAAAGAUUUGUUCAAAAAUAGGUGAAUACUAAUAACAAUUUACAUUGUCUCCAGAUUAAGUUAAAGUAUAACUCCACCUCAAAGUCUUUACCUUAUUACAUCCUCUGCACACAUUAACAAAAUCAGGAUGGGCACAAAGGUGGGAGUGUGAUGAAAUGAAGCUACCAAACCCAGUUACCAAACAUAAAGACAUUAUGACAUGAAAAGAUUGCAGUUCCCACACCAGGUCCAUGAAACUAUAAGACGUGUUAUAGACUGAAACAUAAUCCUUCAGGACAAAUGAGCUGAACAAAAAUACACAUUUCUCUCCUCUGACAAGCUUGGAUUGUUAUUUAAAGCGUCUGUCAACAUCUCACAAAGAUUUGUUCAAAAAUAGAUCAACAGAGUCUUCCAUGGCUCUACUGAAAACCACUAGCAUUUGCUUCUUCCUGUCCCUUCUUGAACAAUUAUGGUUGUGUUUAUUGUUGUUGCUGAUGUAUUGGUGUUUUUUUUGUUCAAGACAAAUAAAAUAGAAAUAGAAAAAUAGAAAUAGACAGACGAAAACAUGGACUGCUCUGAAGCAGCAGUUUCUGCUUAGGUCCUGUCCAUGUAUGUAUACUUUUUGAUUUGUAUGCAAAGUUGUAAUGAAACUCAACAUUUGUUCAACACAUUCUUAGACAGAAAACAAUUGUACCAGUGCAGUUCUUAUGUGAGGCCAUGUGAGACUUUUGCAUUUGCCCGUAAAGUCUUGUGGUUUGAGAGUGGUAAGAAGAUCUGCUGAAGGGUUAGACAGAAAAGUGGGUCAGUUUAAUUAACCACUUAAGAUCUGAGCAUUAAUCCGAGCGUUUUAUGAGCCUAUCAAAGGCAGAUGUGUAUGAUGAUUUGAUUCGCCAAGACUCCAGAAAUGAUUAAAAAACUACAGAAUGUUACAAAGUGACGUAUCCGUGCUCCUGGCUUGAAUAUAGAAAUGUGCAGCAGCCCCGCCGGCUUGGAAGGUUGAAAUGCGUACAACGCUUCUCCCGGCUUGAAGGGUUGAAAUACCUACAUGCACCCAACUUUCUGAGUAGAAAUGCACAGCCGCACUCCCAGCUUAGAAGGUUGAAAUGCGUUCAUGCUGUCCCAGUUUAAAUGGGUUAAGGGCUGAAAUUAAUGACUGUCUGGUUUUCCUAAACUUUGUCCCCACAGGUUGACGCCACCCCGAUCCGACCUGGAUGGCCUUUCGUGGACGACCCGACCACCAGACCUCAGCUGGAUGACUGUGAGCGGUUGGGGACUCUUUUCGGGAUGCUCAACAAGUACCUGCGGAGAAUUGGCUUCACCCAGAUGUACUUUGGGGACAAAAUAGUGGAGCCGGUUGUGGUGGUCUUCUUCUGGCUGCUGCUCUGGUUCUUAGGAAUCCAUGCUCUGGGACUGGUGGGAACUCUGUGCCUCAUCAUCAUCUAUAUCCAGAAGGAAUGA